AUGUUGCUGUGGUCAGUAUGGAGUGUAAUAUUGCUACUGACUCCUCUGGAGGCUGCAGAGGAGGACGAUGUCCGAGCAGGCUGCAGUACAUCUGUUAAUGAUCUGGUCUAUAUUGUUGAUGGCUCAUGGAGCGUUGGAGUCCCCGACUUCGAAACAGCCAAGCAGUGGCUUAUAAACAUCACCAGCCAAUUUGACAUCAGUUCCUACUACACACAGGUUGCUGUUAUCCAGUACAGUGACACUCCUCGCCUGGAGAUUCCUCUUGGGAAACAUCAGAGUGGAACAAUGCUCAUCCAGGCCAUACAGGGCAUCACCUACCUGGGAGGAAACACACAGACUGGCAGGGCCAUCAGGUUUGCUGUGGACCAUGUUUUCUCUUCUUCACAAAGAGUCAGCCAGGUCAAGCAUCGCAUUGCUGUGGUAGUUACAGAUGGAAAAUCUCAGGAUGACGUGGUGGAUGCCAGUAUGGAGGCACGAGCUCAGGGUAUUACAAUAUUUGCAGUUGGAGUGGGCGAUGAAAUUACUACCUCAGAGCUGAUAUCCAUUGCCAAUAAACCAUCGCCCACCUAUGUCCUGUAUGCUGAAGAUUACACCACCAUUGACCGUAUUCGAGACUCCAUGGAACAAAAACUCUGUGAAGAGUCUGUUUGUCCAACACGAAUCCCGGUGGCAUCUCGGGAUGAGAAAGGCUUUGAGCUGAUGGUGGGCAUGAACAUUCAGAAGAAAGCCAAGAAGAUCCCUGGCUCUCUCAUCUCUGAAGCAGCCUUUGCUUUGACUGCCAGCACAGACAUUACUGAGAAUACAAGGGACAUUUUCCCCGAGGGCCUCCCUCCAUCCUAUGUGUUUGUAGCCACAAUACGACUGAAGGGGUCGUCAAGCAAGCUGACCUUUGACCUCUGGAGAGUGCUGUCAAAGGAUAAGGAGAUCCAGGCAGCAGUGACACUGAGUGGAAAGGACAAAACUGUCACCUUCACUACCACUAGUAUUAGAGUGAGGGAGCAGAGAGUCAUCUUUAAUAAGGACAGCUUUGAGAACCUGUACGAUGGAAAGUGGCAUCAGCUCAAACUCCUGGUGAGGCCAACCCAGGUCACCGGUUUCCUUGAGGAUGAACCGAUCCAGGAAAUGAUGUUGGAACCAGUGGAGCCUAUUUACAUCAAUGGGGAGACACAGGUGGCUAAGAGGCGAGGAACAGACAUCACUGUGCCUGUGGAGAUUCAAAAGCUGCGUCUGUAUUGUGAUCCUCACCAGAGUGAGAGAGAAACAGCCUGUGAGAUCUAUUCUGUGGACGAUGAAAGGUGUCCUCUGAAUCGAACAGCCACAACGGAGGAAGAAGACUGCAACUGUGUGGUCGGACCACCGGGGCUGCGUGGUCUGCCAGGACGCAUGGGUUUCCGAGGGGAGAAAGGAAGGGAGGGGCCACCAGGACCUGAUGGUAAGCCUGGAAAAGAUGGGAAACUUGGGGUAUCCGGCCCUCCUGGAUUACCAGGGCUGCAGGGUGAAGUUGGGCCAGUAGGACCAAAGGGGGAGCCUGGUCUAAAAGGACUCAUGGGUGAUAGAGGGGAACCAGGCUUACCAGGAGAACAAGGAUCCCAAGGACUCAAGGGUCUUCCAGGUGACAUAGGGGAGAAGGGGCCUCCAGGAGAAAGUGGACCAAUGGGGGAGCCAGGAGAACCAGGGAGCGGAGGACAGGUUGGGCCACCAGGACCAAAGGGUAAGAUGGGGGACCCUGGACCUACUGGUGCUGCUGGACCUCCAGGAGCCUUGGGUGUUCGGGGACCUCCUGGUGAGGCAGGGCCAAAUGGACCACAGGGAGAAACAGGGUUGCCUGGGCCUCAAGGACCUUCCGGACUAAACGGACCUGGAAUCCAGGGACCCCGAGGGCCGCCCGGAGAGAUUGGCCGAGAUGGUCCCAAGGGAACGUGUGGAGACCCAGGGGUUUCUGGUCCUCUCGGUCCAUUGGGUCAGAAGGGCUCAAUAGGGGAGCCAGGUUUUCCAGGGAUGCCGGGGGCCACUGGGCUGCCGGGGUUCAAAGGUCACAAGGGGGAGAAAGGAGAGCCAGCCUCUGAAGGUCACCAGGGGGAGCCUGGCAGGGAUGGAGAACCAGGGACUCCCGGCGUACCUGGCGAAGAAGGACCCAGGGGAAGGAAAGGAGAGAAAGGACUGACAGGUGACUUUGGCCUCAGGGGGACUGAAGGAAAGAAGGGAGAUACAGGCCAUAUGGGUGCUGUUGGUCCCAGGGGAUUUCCUGGUCAGGACGGGUUGCCAGGCCAACCAGGCCAACCAGGGUAUCCAGGGAAACCCGGCAAGCCUCCCUCAGAUGAACAUCUGCUUAAGCUCUGCACUGAUGUCCUGCAUAAUCAGCUUCCAGCGUUGCUCCAGAGCCUGGCCCCCCGGGCACAGUGUGAACCCUGCCACAGUGUGAAGGGACGCCCAGGUGAGCCAGGAGCCCCAGGACCCAAAGGCUCCAUGGGAACCCCAGGCUACCCUGGCAGGAGCGGUGCUCCCGGUUACCCAGGACCUCCUGGUAUGCAGGGUUCUUCAGGCCUAAAAGGUGACAUCGGACUAAGGGGGCUCAAAGGCAGCAAAGGAGAGGGUAAUCAUGGACCUCCAGGACGAAUUGGACAGCCAGGAAUUCAAGGCCCUCGGGGUUUCGAUGGGGUCGGUCAUCCGGGCAGUCAAGGGAUUCCAGGAAAACCAGGUCCACCAGGAGACCCCGGGAAACGGGGCAACUCAGGGCUUCCAGGUGUUUGUGAUAUCUCCAUGUGUUAUCAGACCUACAACCUCAGGGAACAUUACAGCAAAGGACCCAAUGUCUGAUGAGGAAGCAGCAUGUGGGAGGCUGCUAUUGACUCUAACACCCAAGUGUUUCCAGGAAGCGAUUUACUGUAUUGCUGAUUUUCAGAGAUGUGUGUGUGAUUGUUGAGUCCUUUAUGACAGAGUGUGUGUGGAGAGGAGCUGCGCUGAAGGCACAAACACCUUCAUUGGUUAAAAUACACUGACAUAGGCAGAGCGGGCAUUGAUUCAGGGUAAAGAUGGAUGCAUUAGCAAACUAGCUCACUGAGGUACGGUGGCUGGGAAGUGCAAUGCAAAUUUACAAAGGAUGAAACACUUUUACAAAGUUGGAGACAAAUUAACAUUUUGUAUAAAACAAAAUUAAAUUAAUAAAACAGUGUUACCAAAACCAGAAAAAACUAACAAAAUCAGAAACACAAUUUUACAAGUGCCCGAACAUUUUUACUCA